AUAAAUAAAAAAUCAGACUACCCUAAAUAUAUAUUCCAUCGACUUUGCCGUGGCUGGCUCCAAGACCUCCUCAAUAAACAACAACAAUAACUCGCUCUUUAAAUCGUUCAGGCAGAGAUAUAAACCACAAUGCUGGGGAUUAUACGGAGAAGAGUCGCCAGUGGAGGCUCAUAUACUUCGAUUUUAAGGAAGUCAAUGCAGACAGUUCAGCCGUCAGUGUCUGCUUCUAGAGUUUCAGGGAGGGAGAUACUUAUCCAUCCGAGAGGACUUGGGCAUGUCAGGAAAUUUAGUCAUGUUAUUUUACCAGGAUGCUCUGUUGGUUGUCAACCAAAGAGGGAUUCCAUUUCCAGCACCCAGCAGGCAAUUAACAUGCAAAUGUGGAGCAGGCUAUUUUCUUCAGAAAGCGGGGAUUUGGUUGAUGCUGUUGUCCCUUUUAUGGGUGAAUCCAUAACUGAUGGAACUUUGGCGAAAUUCUUGAAAAAUCCUGGAGACACUGUAGAAGUUGAUGAGCCUAUUGCUCAAAUUGAAACAGAUAAGGUAACAAUUGAUGUUGCAAGUCCAGAAGCAGGUGUGAUUAAAGAGCUUGUAGCCAAGGAAGGAGAAACUGUGGAACCAGGUUUCAAAAUUGCUAUCAUUUCAAAGUCUGGUGAAGGUGUAGCUCAUGUAGCUCCCUCGGAGAAAAUACCAGAGAAGGCUGCUUCUAAGUCAUCUCCUGCUGAAAAGAUGGAAGAGAAGCCAAAACCUAAAGUUGAAACAGCACCUGUCUUGGAGAAGCAGCUUAAAGUGCCCUCUCCCCCACCUCCUAAGCGCUCUGCAACUGAGCCCCAGCUUCCCCCUAAGGACAGGGAAAGACGGGUUCCUAUGACAAGGCUACGAAAAAGGGUUGCUACAAGAUUGAAGGACUCUCAAAAUACAUUUGCAAUGUUGACAACAUUCAAUGAAGUUGAUAUGACUAAUUUGAUGAAACUCCGCUCUGAUUACAAGGAUGCUUUUGUUGAAAAGCAUGGAGUCAAAUUGGGACUUAUGUCGGGAUUUGUGAAAGCUGCUGUUAGUGGGCUCCAGAAUCAGCCAAUUAUAAAUGCAGUUAUUGAUGGGGAUGAUAUCAUUUACAGGGAUUACAUUGAUAUCAGUAUAGCUGUUGGAACUCCUAAGGGCCUUGUGGUUCCAGUUAUCCGCAAUGCUGAUAAGAUGAAUUUUGCCGAGAUUGAGAAAGAGAUCAACACCCUUUCAAAGAAAGCAAAUGAUGGAUCGAUAUCCAUCGAUGAAAUGGCUGGAGGUUCAUUCACAAUAUCUAAUGGGGGUGUUUAUGGAAGCCUUUUGAGUACACCCAUCAUCAAUCCUCCUCAGUCGGCUAUCCUUGGUAUGCACUCAAUUGUGUCUCGCCCUAUGGUUGUUGGUGGCAAUGUAGUCCCUAGGCCAAUGAUGUACAUUGCUCUAACAUAUGACCAUCGGUUAAUUGAUGGAAGAGAGGCUGUUUUCUUCUUGCGUCGCAUCAAAGACGUCGUUGAGGACCCACGCAGACUGCUUCUCGAUAUAUAGAAACCAAGCUGCUGUUCCAUUUCACGCCCCACAUUUCUGGUAAACCCAGGAUCAAAUGCUCUUUAUUUAAAAAAAAAAUAACUUGAGUUUGAAGUUUUGUAGGGUUUAUUUGUCAAUUUACGCCCUUUUCAUGAGUGCUUGAAAUGCGGCUUUGCCAAGUUGAAUUGGAAAUGAGAAAAAAAUAUUUUUUGUUUUCAUGAACUAUUUUUUAUUGGUUUUUCCUGUCGGUCUGUCACAUACGCUUUCGCGUUCCAAGAUUUCUCGCUUCUGCAUGUCUGUUGAAACAGAGAAUAUAUUACCCUAAAUAAACUACAAUUUUUGUUUGUGA